CUUACCUCUUCCUUCUGUUGGCCAUCUGCACUCUGCAAAGGCUAGUGUAUAUAGUCUCCCAUCAGCCUACAAGCUACAACCUUCAAUACAACGAGACAUUUGGCGUUUCUGGUUAAUUUACCAGCGACUGCGAGAGACCCAUUUUGGUACAAAUCAUGGCACAUGCCGUGUUCCGCAGGAUCAGCCACUCUGCAAAUGCCAUAACCGACUUCUUUCUGUCCCCGCUAUUCUUCACCAUUAUUAGGAUUCUCAGUGACCCACUUCGCCAAUCUCAUCAGACAAUGAUAAUGAUUCACCCCCUUCUUCAAUAUCCCUUUGCUGCAAUCAGAUCACCCACCCAGACCCAGCCACCUUUCUCCUCUGUAGCUGAAUCGCUCAAAGAAGGCAUGCCCACUUCAGCUCGUUCACUUUUAAAUUUUCAACAUUCAAAUCGGCAAGUUUGUAGGGUCGAUCGUUCUUUUUCCUUUUCUGGGUUGCAGUCAAACUUGGAUUAUAGAUCGUUGACGUAGUCAAUUCGCGGUGGGUGUUGACACUUGUCAGUAUUUAUGGGCGCCUUAACUGUUACAUUUGUGAGUAACCAGGUGAGUUAUAUUCCCAAUUAAAUCUGUUGUUUAUUCCAGCUUCCAGGUUCGACAAGGUUGGAAUUUGGGCCCGAUUCAAUGACAUUUUGAAGGGAUUCGAUUGUGUUGCUUUUCUUUUCCCAGAAAAUUUGAGAAGCUUUGGAGGAUUUAAUUGGAUAAACUAAGGUUAUUGCACUCUUCUCCAAUUCUCAAGUUUGAGGUUUGAACCACAGGUGCGAAUUUCACAUCCUCAAGAGUAAAGACUAUGUUCAAGGCCCCAGAGCAUCAAGUUGCUGGCCACCAGGCUCGUGAUGGAAAGCUUGGCCCACUCAUUGAUGGUUCAGGUCGCUUCUACAAGCCUCUUCAGAAUGAUGAACGUGGGUCCAAGGAAGUAGCCUUCUAUACCUCUUUCUCUUCCAACACCAGAAUACCAGACCACAUUCGCAGAUUCUUCCCUGUUUUCCAUGGAACCCAGCUUUUAGAAGGUGCAGAUGGGUGUCUGCACCCCCACAUGGUUUUAGAGGAUCUUGUCUCAAAUCGCCUCCAUCCUUCUAUUAUUGACAUCAAGAUUGGAUCCAGGACCUGGUAUCCCCAAGCAUCUGAGGAUUAUUUCCAGAAAUGUAUUAAGAAAGACAGAGAAACCACAAGCUUGUCAUUGGGUUUUAGGAUAUCUGGUCUGCAGGUCUAUGAGAGUGAGAAAUCAGGGUUCUGGAAGCCUGAUAAAAAGUGUACCCAGAGUUUUACUCUGAAGGAUGUUAGGUCAGUUCUGAGGAAGUUUGUUUCUUCUAAUCCAUCUUCAGACGCAAUCCCUGAUUGUUCAUUUGCGUCAGUUGUAUAUGGUGGUUCCACUGGGAUUCUGGCACAACUACUGGAGCUGAAAGCAUGGUUUGAGGAUCAAACUAUUUUUCAUUUCUACUCUUGUUCAGUUCUUAUGGUUUAUGAGAAGGAGGAAGCAAUGAAAGGGAAGCCAGGUGCAGAAGUCAAGCUUGUUGAUUUUGCUCAUGUAUUGGAGGGUAAAGGUAUUAUUGAUCACAACUUCUUGGGGGGCCUCUGCUCUUUGAUAAAGCUUGUUUCUGAGAUUCUCACCUGCCCAGAUGAGCAGACAAGCAAUGGUUGUUUGCAUGAACUUGAGAAGAGUAGAUUCUGUUUGGAAAAUGGUGUCUAGGAAUAGCCAGAGUACUAUUAUUUGGUUAUGUUGUGUUUUACUUGCACAUUUAUGUUGCUUGUUCCUUUUGGUAUGGAGUUCUUCGUGUCAGAUUUAUAUAUUAAUGAGCAAAAAUUUUGAUUAUAAACUGAGAUUAAUGAGAUGGAUUCAAUGGGUUCAGAUAAGUGACAGAAGAAUUUUAAACAA